AUGUACAACGAGAUUGCUAGGUCACAAGCAGCGAGGUGGCUGUCGGCCGCGCCAACGUCGUUGCUCGGGCUGCCGCUGCACCGGAGUCGCCCUCGGCGCAGCAGUCGAGCCAGACCAAGGCGGGUCCUGCAACUUCGGCGCCUGAUUGUUCGACUGUACUCAUCUCCAAUUGUGGAUCUGCAGGAAUGGUCGGCGCUUGUGUGCAACUGCGACUUCUUCUUCAAUGAUCCCCAGAACGAGUCGGUGGCUGAGCAGCUAAGGGAGCGCGUUCGCUUCUUCAAGGAGCAGAACCGCGAUAUUGAUUUUUAUAUUGUUCCGGAGCCUGUCUGGCUUGAUAAGAAGUUCCCCGAGCUGGCAAAGCAGGUCAAGCGUCCUUGCGUCGCCCUGAUUUCAACGGAUAAGACCUGGAUCACGUUCAUGAAGCUCCGUCUGGAUCGCGUGCUUCGCAUCGACCUGAAGGACAUGCCGGACAGCGAGGUUCUUGCCGUUGGUGGCGAAGUCCCCGAGUUUAAGCCAGUGGGCAAGUGGACCGCGCCGUACGCACGGUACACGCCGGGCUGGUGGAAGGUGUUCGAGCCCAAGCACUAAAACGGAACGGGGGCUUAGAGAUGCAUAGUUGUGCUUUACUUAGAGAGUAGUUGAGGGUUUUGAAGGACGGGGCAAGCCGGCCGCGCGGUUUGCACCCAUGUGCUAUAACAGAGUGUCUUUGUAGCUUUAGAAACUUUGACCGCGAGGUGAGGAUGGAGCAGCGCUGUGUUUAAACUCCAGCAGUGCUGAAGGGAAAAGGGUUAGCGGGUAGAUGUUACCACAUUAAUACACGGAUUUUGUGCCUGCGGCUUCGGUCAAGAGUGGCCUGCGCUGCGGUUGGUAUGCAGGAAUGGCAGGCUGUGCGUGGGUUAGACCGUGCUUUGACUUACCGUGUCUUCUUUUGUUGUACUGGAUGGGAUUCCGCCCUCUUGAACUUCAAAAUUGACACAUUAUGGUUGACCAGUUUGUCAAUUCACGUUCUUUACUAUCUAUGAUGAUGACUGAUUUGAGUGUUUGACAUAUGUGGUGUAUUAGGAAUUCAGUACGGUGAACUGGCCUGCUCCAGGACAUACGGAGUGCGCGCUAUGCUGGGCAAACCCGCUAUGAUUUUUACACAUGGCUUUGCCGGUAUGCGGGAUGCAUGUCGUGCCAGGGCCACUCCAUAUCCUCAUGACGAUGUAAGCUCUGAAUUGAUGG